UCCUCACACAGAAAAAAUGGGCUUUCGUUUGCCUAGUAUCAGAAGGAAUUCAUCUCUGAAAGGAGUUCACGUGCCCAAGGGCUAUCUUAUUGUCUAUGUUGGAGAGAAAAUGAAGAGAUUUGUGAUUCCCGUAUCGUACUUGAACCAGCCAGCAUUUCAAGAUUUGCUGAGUCAAGCUGAGGAAGAGUUUGGUUUUGAUUCUCCAAUGGGUGGCCUCACAAUUCCUUGCGAAGAAUAUGCCUUUGAGACUAUUCAGGACUUUCUCUCCUUGAAAAACCAAAUGGGUUUUCGUUUACCUGGAAUUAGAAGGGCUUCUUCAUUUUCAAGAAACCUUGCAUCUUCAAAAGGAGUCGAUGUGCCAAAGGGCCAUCUUGCAGUCUAUGUUGGAGAGAAGAUGAGGAGGUUUGUGAUUCCCAUAUCAUACUUGAACCAACCUGCAUUCCAAGAUUUGCUGAGUCAAGCUGAGGAAGAGUUUGGUUAUGAUCAUCCAAUGGGUGGCCUCACAAUUCCUUGCACUGAAGAUGCCUUUGAGAAUAUAACUUCCUGCUUGAAUGGCUGUUGACAAAUUACAGUUUAGUUUCAUUUAUGACUGACAUAGAUUGGUGAUUAGUCAAAACAAUCUUGUAGUGCAGACAAAUUCUUAUGCUGUAAAGAUUUUUGCUUGCCCUCCCUGGGGAGGAAAAGUGAC